AUUUUAAUACGUUAAAUGUGUUUAUAUGUUUACUGAAUUUUUUUUCUGGUAUCUUUUUAAAGAAAAGGAAGAAUUAUUUAAGAAAAAAUGAGGUUUAUUGAUUUUGCUUGUGUAGUUAUGUUGAUGACAACUGUUUCAUGUAGCUACAGUACCUACAAUUUGAAUUGGGUGUUGUUGAAAAAAAAUGCUUGUUUUCAGGCACGAGAUAAUCAACCAGCAGUUAUUCCUGUAAAUAAAUCAGGCUGGUUAGUUGCAGCUAAGCUUGUACACGUUAGUGGCAUUCUAAAAUGCUACCCGCCACUCUCAGGAAGCAAAUUUGGCUGCUCUGAUGACAUCUUAUUUAAUACUUAUGUUUGCGAUGAUAAACGACAAAUUAUUUUUCCAUCUCCAAAUCAAAAAAUUACUUAUGACACUUAUAAAAAUUUUCAAUACCGUGGUUAUUCUCCAAACGACAAUGAAGUAGUUUUUACCGAUUUGAGUUACCCUGUUUACUUAAACGCUGGAAAACAAAUUACAAUUUGGAAUGGGGAGGAUUUGGCUGAUAAAACAGAAGAAGAUAAUUUUGGAAUUGUUUGCGUCGACGUUUACGGUUCAUUCUUUGGUUCUUUAAACUAAUCUGUGAAGUUUGUUUGUUUGUUGUAAACAUGGAAAAAAACAAAAAAAAAAAAUAAAAAAUCUUA